AUGUCCGAAGUCGCCAAGUCCGGUAUCACCACCAAUGCCAAAACCGGCGAACGAUACAUCCCCGCCUCAACCCGCGCAGAUGGUUCCAAACGCAAAGAGAUCCGGGUGCGCCCUGGAUACAAGCCUCCUGAGGAUGUCGAGCUCUACAAGAACCGUGCAGCAGCUGCAUGGAAGACCCGCGCAAGAGGCGGGGUGCCUGGUGCCGAAACCGUGAGCAGCGAGGACAAGGACAAGGCCCCUCAGAUCACAACUCCGGUCGCAGCCCCCACCACAGCUGCCAGCAACAAAAACGCCAAGCGACGUGAAGCCAAACGAAACGCUAAGGACACCGACACUGCAGAGGCCAAGGGUGUGGACUCGAAUAAUUGGCGGGCCCCGCCAACAAGGAAAGAAGAGCCCGUCCCAGAACCUGUUGCGGAACCUGUCGACCUUGAAGCUGAGAACGAGAAGAAGGCUCGCAAUUUGAAGAAGAAGCUUCGGCAGGCUCGUGAUCUUCGAGAGAAGAAGGAGCAGGGAGAGGGUUUGCUGCCUGAGCAGUUGGACAAAAUCAUCAAGAUCCAAGAACUGGUGAGGCAACUGGAUGCUCUGGGCUUCGACUCCAACGGGGACAAGAGGGCUGGUGAGAGUGCCUGA